ACAGUACGCUCCUCAAGGGCGCAAAAGCUUCUGAACAGACAGCAUCAAAGCACGCAGAAUUAAAAGCAAAGAAAGAAAGAAGCAGGAGAGAGAAAAAGCAAGAGUUUUAGAGAGAAAGAGAGAGAUCUAGCAAACAUGGGGUGAGAGAUGAGACAAGAAGCAGCUGGAGGUGUUUGAUUGCAGCUGCUAAGCAAAACCUAGUUCCUGUUUUGAUUUUCUUUUGUAGUUCGUGCACUUUUUGAAGAGAGCCGUUACUUUUUGUACAUGAUAAUUGGACUUUUCUUCCAUCAAUCAGUUGAUUUUGGGGUCAGGUACAGCGAGUGGGAUGUACAAAGCUUCAGUGUGUCUUUUGGUAUUGAAUUGGGUGGUUUAAGUCUGUAAUCAUCAAGCCCUGCUUUGGAUCCAUUACCCUGGUUUUACAAACGGUACAAGGAUCUGGCCUUUUCCAAGGUUUGAAUAGUUUGUGGUGGUGUUCUUGACUGGUAUCAUGGCUAGCUUGUCGCAUCCUGAUUCUAGACGCAAGUAUUCUUGGUGGUGGGACAGCCACAUAAGUCCCAAAAAUUCCAAAUGGCUUCAGGAAAAUCUUACAGGUAAGGGGGAUAUAUGUUUAUGUAAAAUGGCAGCGCCAAAGGGAGCAAUUGCAUGGGGGUACACGGGAAUUAAUGGCUGUAAAGUAUUGUUUCAGGGACAAGAAUAUGGAAAUAUGGAUGCCAAAGUCAAACAAAUGAUCAAGCUUAUUGAGGAAGAUGCAGAUUCCUUUGCAAGGAGGGCAGAGAUGUACUAUAAGAAACGUCCUGAGCUUAUGAAAUUGGUUGAAGAGUUCUACCGAGCAUACCGUGCUUUGGCUGAGAGAUAUGAUCAUGCAACUGGGGCACUGCGGCAGGCCCAACGAACUAUGGCGGAAGCAUUUCCCAACCAAGUCCCGUUUUUGACUGAUGAUUCACCUGCAGGCUCUAGUGCUGAAGCUGAACCUCAUACACCUGAGAUGCCACCCGCAGUCCGUGCAUUCUUUGAACCUGAUGAGUUGCAAAAGGAUGCUUUGGGACUCUCUUCAUCGCAUUUCCAUGCAGUCAAACGGAAUGGAGCUUUUACUGAGGAGCCUGAUUCUGUAUCAAGCAAAAAGGGUUUGAAACAGCUCAAUGAUUUAUUUGGGUCUGGUGAUGCGCCAAACAUUGCAAAGUUUGCAGAAGGAAGGGCAAGAAAAGGCCUCAAUUUUCAUGAUGCAGAUGAGAAAGAACGAAAUGUGCAAAACACUGACAGUCAUACUGCAACAGAAAUUUUGGCUUUGAAGGAAUCACUUGCCAGAUUAGAAGCUGAAAAGGAGGCUGGCCGAGUUCAGCACCAACAGAGCUUGGAGAGAUUGUCUAAUCUAGAGGCAGAAGUUUCUCGUGCACAAGAGGAUUCCAAGGGACUUAAUGAACGUGCAGGUAAAGCUGAAAAUGAAGUUCAAACUUUGAAGGAAGCCCUUACCAAAUUGGAAGCUGAAAGGGAAACUAGUCUACUUCAAUACCAGCAGUGUUUGGAGAGGAUAUCUGAUCUGGAGAGAACUAUUUCUCAUUCCCAAGAGGAUGCUGGAAAACUGAAUGAGCGAGCUAGUAAAUCAGAAGUUGAAGCUGCAGCCCUAAAGCAGGACCUUGCUAGAGUAGAAUCUGAAAAAGAAGGUGCUCUUCUGCAAUACAAACAAUGUUUAGAGAAGAUAUCAGAUCUGGAGAGCAAAUUGGUGCAAGCUGAGGAAGAUGCCAGAAGGAUUAAUGAGCGAGCUGAAAAAGCUGAAAGAGAAGUUGAAACCCUGAAGCAAGCUGUUGCCUCAUUGACUGAAGAGAAGGAAGCAGCUGCACGCCAGUAUCAGCAGUGCCUGGAGACAAUUGCCAGUCUAGAGCUUAAAAUCUCGUGUGCUGAAGAGGAGGCCCAGAGGCUGAAUGGUGAGAUAGAUAAUGGGGUUGCAAAGUUAAAAGGUGCUGAAGAACAGUGUCUUCUGCUGGAGAGGACCAAUCACUCUUUGCAGUUUGAAUUGGAGUCUUUGGCACAGAAGCUGGGGGCUCAAUGUGAAGAACUCACAGAGAAGCAGAAGGAGUUGGGAAGACUCUGGACCAGCAUACAAGAAGAGCGCCUGCGGUUUAUGGAAGCUGAAACUACUUUCCAAAGUCUGCAGCAUUUGCACUCUCAAUCUCAGGAAGAAUUGAGGUCUCUGGCUACAGAGCUUCAGAGUAAGGGUCAAAUUUUGAAGGACAUGGAAACUCAUAAUCAAGGUUUACAGGAUGAGGUCCAUAAGGUGAAGGAAGAGAAUAGGGGUCUAAAUGAGUUCAACUUAUCUUCAGCCGUGUCAAUAAAAAAUAUGCAGGAUGAGAUCCUUAGCCUAAGGGAGACUAUAACGAAACUUGAAAUGGAGGUUGAACUCCGAGUGGACCAAAGAAAUGCGCUUCAGCAAGAAAUUUACUGUUUGAAAGAGGAAUUGAAUGACUUGAACAAGAACUACCGGGCUAUGCUUGAUCAGGUUGAGGGUGUGGGCCUUAAACCAGAGUGCUUUGGGCUAUCUGUGAAAGAACUGCAGGAGGAGAACUCAAACCUAAAAGAAAUCUGUCAGAGGGGCAAAAGUGAGAAUGUAGCUCUUUUGGAGAAGCUGGAAAUCAUGGAGAAACUUCUUGAGAAAAAUGCCCUUCUGGAAAAUUCCCUCUCAGAUUUGAGUGCUGAAUUAGAAGGGCUAAGAGAGAAAGUUAAGGCAUUGGAAGAAUCCUACCAAUCUCUCCUUGGAGAAAAAUCCAUUCUUGUUGCUGAGAAUGCCACUCUGACUUCCCACUUACAGACUAAGACCAACCAUUUGGAGAAACUCUCAGAGAAGAACAUGCUUAUGGAGAAUUCACUUUCUGAUGCAAAUGCUGAACUUGAAGGGUUGAGGACAAGGUCAAAGGGCUUAGAAGAUUCAUGCCAGUUGCUUGAUAAUGAGAAAUCUGGCCUCAUCAGCGAGAGAGAAACUUUAAUUUCUCAGUUGGAAGCUACUCAGCAAAGACUGGAGGACCUGGAGAGAAGAUAUACAGAAUUGGAAGAGAAAUACUUCGGUCUGGAGAAAGAGAAAGAAUCCACACUCUGUAAAGUAGAAGAGCUGCAGGUUUCCUUGGAGGCUGAAAAGCUAGAACAGGCCAACUUUGCCCAAUUGAGUGAGACCCGACUGGCUGGUAUGAAAUCUGAGAUCCAUCUCCUGCAAGUGGAAGGUCGAUGCAGGAAGGAAGAAUUUGAAGAAGAACAAAAUAAAGUUGUAAAUUCUCAAAUCGAGAUCUUCAUCUUCCAGAAAUGUGUACAGGAGCUGGCAGCAAAGAAUUUCUCUCUGUUGACUGAGUGCCAGAAACUCUCAGAGGUGUCCAAAUUGUCAGAGAAACUAAUUUCUGAAUUAGAACAUGAAAAUCUUGAGCAACAGGUGCAAGUUAACUCCUUGUUUGAUCAAGUAAAAAUGCUGAGAACGGGGAUGUAUCACGUAUCGAGGGCACUUGAUAUUGAUGCAGAGCAUAGGGCUGAGGACAAGAUUGAUCAAGAUCAAACAGUCCUGAAUGAUAUCAUAUGUCAGCUAGAAAAUACAAAAAGUUCUCUGUGUAAAACACAAGAUGAAAAUCAGCAGUCGAUAGUUCAGAAGUUAGUUCUUGUUACAGUGCUGGAGCAACUGGGCCUAGAAGCAACACAGCUUGCAACAGAAAGAAACACCCUUGAUGAAGAGUGCAGGAUCAGGAGUGAGCAGUUCUCAUCAUUGCAGAGUGAGACCCACCAACUUCUGGAGGUGAAUGAAAAAUUGAGAUUGAAAGUAAGGGAGGGUGAUCACAAAGAGGAAGUUCUGACAGCAGAAAUAGGGAUUCUGCAAGGAAAGCUGUUGGAAUUGCAAGAGGCUCAUGGAAAUUUGCAGAAAGAGAAUUCUUUGAUGCUUGAAGAAAAAGGAUCUUUGUCAAAGAAGUUCUUAUCCUUGGAGGAGGAGAAACGCAUCCUAGAAGAAGAAAACUGGGUUGUCUUUGGUGAAACAAUAUCUCUAAGUAACCUUUCUUUGAUUUUCAAAGACUUUAUCACUGAGAAAUCUGUUCAACUAAAAGAGCUUGGUCAAAAUCUUGAGGAACUUCAUAAUGUGAACUAUGCCCUUGAGAAGAAGGUGAGGACAAUGGAGGGGAAGUUGGGAAUGGUAGAAAUGGAGAAUUUUCAUCUCAAGGAUUCAUUGGAGAAGUCAGAAAAUGAGCUGAACACUGUCAGGUCUUUCGCUGAUCAGUUGAAUCAUGAAAUUGAAAAUGGAAGGGAUAUAUUGUCUCGGAAGGAAACGGAACUUCUUGAAGCAGGCCAGAAGCUCAGUGCUUUGCAGGAUGAGAAGGCGGAGUUGCAUAAAACAGUGGAAGUUGUUAAGAGUGAAUGUGAUGAGGUUAAGGUGAUAAGAGAAGAUCAGGAGAAGCAGAUCCUAAAACUAUCUGAAGAGAAUGAUCAUCAAAAGAAGGAAAAUGGAUGCCUUCGUGAAGUGAAUAGGGGUUUGGAGGCCAAAUUGUGGAAGUUGUGUGAAGAAAUUGAAGAAGCUAAAGUUAGGGAGGAAACCUUAAAUCAUGAUUUGCAAAGGGGACGAGAUGAAGUUGAACUGUGGGAAACUCAAGCUGCAGCAUUCUUUAGUGAACUUCAAAUCUCCAAUGUUCGUGAAGCAUUUUUUGAAGAGAAGGUGCAUGAGCUUAUCAAAGCAUGUGAGGGCCUUGAAAACAGAAGUCAUCUGAAAAAUAUGGAGAUUGAGCUAUGGGAAACUCAAGCAGCAACAUUCUUUGGUGAACUUCAGAUCUCCACUGUUCAUGAAGCAUUGUUCAAGGAGAAGGUGCAUGAGCUAAUUGAAGCAUGUAAGAGCCUUGAAAAUAUAAGUAAUUCUAGAAGUAGGGAGAUUGAGCUGCUGAAAGAAAGAGUUAACAAAUUGGAAGGUGAAAAUGGAGGACUAAAAACUCAGUUGGCUGCAUAUACCCCGACCAUCAUUUGUCUGAGGGAUUCUGUCGCUGCUUUGGAAAAUCGUACCCUUUCACAUACUAAUCUUCAUCAAGCAGACACCAAGGAUGAAAAGGAUGCUAAAUUGGUGGGUCACCUGCAUGUUGAACGCAGUCAAGACUGCAGCGAAAAUCAAAUUGCCAUGGUGCCAGAGGGAAAUUCAGAUUUGCAGGAUUUGCAAACCAGGAUUAAAGCUAUUGAGAAGGGAUUGAUUGAAAUGGAAAGGCUAGCAUUGGAGGAACACUUAGACACCAAUGCCAAAUUAGAGGCUGCAAUGAAACAGAUUGAAGAGUUGAAAUCUCAAAGAAGUUUUCGUCGAGAAAACAUUCAAACAAGCAGGCAUCUUAAUCCACAACAGGAAGAGGAGGAACUUGGGGAUGGGACCUGUGAUGAUCGAAAGCUGCACACGAAAGACAUUAUGCUUGAUCAGAUAUCUGAAUGUUCAUCCUAUGGGAUAAGCAGAAGAGAGACUGCUGAAGUUGAUGAUCAGAUGCUUGAGUUGUGGGAAACCACUGAUCCGAACGGCAGUAUUGCUCUGACAGUUGCCAAGGCACAUAAAGGGGCUACUGCACCUGUUGGAUACCAUCAAGUUGUGGCUGAGGGACACAAGAGUGAACAUCCGUCUUCAGAAAUAAUGGUUGAGAAGGAGUUGGGGGUGGACAAAUUAGAGAUCUCCAAGAGAUUUGUGGAGCCUGGUCAAGAAGGGAACAAGAGGAAGACACUGGAGAGACUUGCUUCUGAUGCCCAGAAAUUGACCAACCUUCAAAUAACUGUGCAAGAUCUGAAAAAGAAAGUGCAGUUUACUGAGGAUAGCAGAAAUGUAAAAGGUAUUGAAUAUGAUACUGUGAAGGGGCAGCUGGAAGAAGUCGAGGGGGCCAUCCUCAAGUUGUGUGAUAGCAAUAGCAAAUUAACGAAGAACAUUGAAGAUAAUUCCCUUUCUGAUGGGAAACCUGCAAUGGAGUUGGAAGAGAGUCGGAGUGUCAGACGAGGGAGAAUUUCAGAACAGGCACGAAAAGGGUCUGAAAAAAUUGGGCGGUUGCAGUUGGAAGUGCAGAGAAUACAGUUUCUUUUACUGAAGCUUGAUGAUGAAAAAGAAAGCAAAGCCAAAACCAGAAUUUCAGAGCCAAAGAGAAGGGUUCUCUUGCGAGAUUAUCUCUAUGGUGGGAGAAGAACCACCCACAAGCGAAAGAAAGCUCACUUUUGUUCGUGUGUCCAGUCUCCAACUACUGGAGAUUGAGGUAAUACAUUCCCAUCAACAAAUAAUCAGUAGAGUUUAAGAUAAUGGGACAGUAGUUUUCUUUUAAAAUUUUCCUUCAUAGGAGAUGUUGAAGACCUACAUGUGUUCCUUUGGUUUACUUAGACACAGACCGAUCAUCAAUUUAGAGAAACUGUUGUACAUGUCAGGCCCUAUCUAAUCAAAAGAAGCUGCUCUCAGGGAGCUUGUUUCCUUUGAUCUUAAAUAAAUGAAUCAAAUCUUCAUCAGAAACUUCUUUUCAAGGCUAUCAAUGCCAAUUGUGUGUUACUGUGUUACACAGUUUGCUACUCUGUAUAUAAAGCUGUCUGCCAAGGUAAUGCUCUUUCAUGCCCACCAGUUCGCGCAGGGGAAUUCGACGCAUUUUGGUAAUAUUUUUAAGGCAGAAUUACUUGUAAUGGCCCUUGUUAUGAGUUUAAAUUUGUAAUGCAAAUUUUUUGUUCUUUUAUAGAGAAAAAAUGUUAUGCCGGUUUGAUUGCCUA